AUGGGUCUCUUCUCGCCUCCCGACUCGCAUUUCGCACCUCCCUCUCUCAUCUAUCAGCUCAUCUACCACCCUGUAACCACCUGCUUUACCUUCUUCCACCACAUCCUUCUCUACCUCCGUGGUCCGUCCUACAUCACACCCAAACAUAAAAUCCCUAUCCGCGUCGUCUGCCUCUCCGAUACCCAUAGCCAAAUCCCACGCACCGCGAUCCCCAAGGGCGAUCUGCUAAUCCACUCCGGAGACCUCACAAACACCGGCUCGCUCUCCUCCAUCCAGCAAACCAUCGACUGGCUAAAGACGCUACAAAAGCCCUGGCACGGCUCCUCCGAUGGGUUUCGCCAUAUCGUAGUGGUGGCCGGGAAUCACGACAGCUACUUCGACGAGCGCUCCCGAUGCGCACAGGACAAGAGCCGGGCGUACCGCCAACUGGACUGGGGCAAGAUUCACUACCUACAGCACACGUCAGUCACCCUCCGGUUUCCUGGUGGUCGCUUCUUGAAUGUCUAUGGUGCUCCACAAAUACCCAAGUGCGGGGGCAGAGAAUUUGCAUUUCAAUAUAACAGAGGCCAAGAUGCUUGGAGUGGUACGAUUCCCGACGACGUGGAUGUCCUGGUCACGCACAACCCGCCGAAAUGGCACCUAGAUUUGCCAACCAGCGGGGGCCUGGGUGAUGAGUUCGAGUUGAAGGAAGUUUGGCGCGUCAAGCCCACAUUGCAUGCGUUUGGACAUAUCCAUUCUGGUCAUGGCGUCGAACCCGUCUGGUGGGACGACAGCCAACAUGCCUUUGAAGAGUUUCUGGCCACCGCAUACAACAAGCCCGCAGAGAUACCUGCGAGCCAUCGCAUACCAUUGACCGAGCUGCUGGAUGUGCCGUUGUGGGUGAAAGGCCUGAAAUGCAUCAUCGCAGAUGUCAGAGGUCUAAUGUGGACAAGGCUGUGGGGAGGCGCCAGGCAGGGCGGAUAUAUGAUCAAUGGCUCCCUGGCGUACCAGACGACAACCCGAUUGUCGAACAAGCCCCGAGUCGUGGAUCUGUAG